AUGGCAGACUUGACAUGCACACUUGCCGGAAGCACAGGCUUGGUUGGCGGCAACAUCUACUCGAUCCUAUCGUCGCAUCCCUCGGUCUCGGGCCUCUAUGCAUACGCUCGUAAAGACCUUCCCACCGCCUCUGCCAAGGUCCACCCACUCGUCUCGUCUGAUUCGUCGACCUGGGCCUCCCUCUAUCCGCAAGCUUCGUCCAUCUUCUUCUCUGCCCUGGGAACCACUCGUGGUGCUGCCGGAAGUGUAGCAAACCAGCGCAAGAUCGACUAUGAUCUGAAUCUCGAGCUCGCAAAGAAAGCAAAGGAAAAUGGUGCCACGACCUAUGUUUUGAUCUCCAGUCAAGGAGCCAAUGCCACCAGCUUCCUGGCAUACCCAAGAAUGAAGGGCGAACUGGAAGAAGCCGUCAAGCAGCUGGGAUUUGAACACACUGUCAUCCUGCGUCCUGGCUUGAUCGUCGGUCAGAGGGAGGACUCGAGGCCUCCAGAGUUCGCUAUACGCAAGAUCGCUGGCUUGGCUGGCAAGAUCAGCGAACCAUGGCUCAAGGACUUCUGGGCUCAGGACGCCGAUGUGAUCGCCAAAGCUGCCAUAUCCGCCGGCUUGCAAUGUCACGGAGGCAAGGCACAGCAAAAAGUCUGGAUCAUCGGUCAAAGCGACAUCAUCCGCCUGGGCAAAACCGAAUGGAACCGCGCCUAA